AUGCUCUGUUAUUCCAUGGAGUGCCUGUGUGACGUUGUUCUUCAAACGGUUUGGCAGAACGGUUGGCAUUACGGCAUCAGCACCGAUUGCCUCGUUCCGGGCACGGUGUUUUUUAAACGUCACGACCGGUGGUCAACCUCUUUGGCAGCAACAAAGCCAAGCGAUAGUACGCGCUGGACGCGUCUGGGUGGUAUAAUGCGGCAGAUGUAUACCAUCUCGCAGGUAUGUCUUUUUUAUUUGUCUCUGGAAGCCCGUUUUGCGGCUUUUCAAUACAUUCCGCAGCUGCGCGAUGAGUCGUACAACAUUGUGGCGACCACACGUUCCCCUGACACGUUUGUUCAGGCCUACAACCGUCGUAUCAUUAACUUUUUUGCCCUUUUAAAGUUGCACUUGUCGGAGAAGAAAUUGAAGUACGUGGGCAUCACCGUCGCCAAGCCGCUGAGCGAACUGAUCAUGGUGGAAAUUGCACACCUCCGUGAAAAGGCCAUAUCCCAUGCUGGAUUGGCGAGGUUGCGGGCGAACCUCCUCUCCAUAGAGACGGCGCUGCAGUUGAUUCUUCCCACCGACGAUGAUGUCCGUGGCGCGGUAAAGCAUUAUUUUUCACGUCCAGCCACUUUUCUGCGUCAUUUGCCGAAUAAAGACGUGGCCAACGACCUCAUAACCAGCGGAGAUUACAAGCACUUCUCGAUGCAUGAGAUGGAGGAGCUCAUUCGACUUGUGUUCCGCCGGGAGGCAAGCGAUGAGUUUGUGACAGCGCAAAUACAGCUCCUGCGUGUGAAGCUGAAAAGUGUAGCCCCUGCUGUCGCCACGCCGGAAAUGACACCAUCGGCAUCGUUGACGGACGAAAACUUGCUCCCGGCAGAACACAAACCGCAACAAUUUGAGAAGGUUGAGGAGAGUGAAGAAGAAGAAACCGAAGAAGAGGGCGAAGAAGAAGAGUCUGAUGUAGUCUUGCAGCCAGGGGAGCGGGGGCCUUCACGCCACGUGGAUCCCACGACAAAAAUGGCAACCUCGCCUUCAGCUGACUCACAAAAUUUUGUGUUUCCGACGGGGCCGAAGCCGGCGGUCACGAGACAUUAA